CACUGCAAUUUCAAAGAAAACAAAGGACAUAAGAAUACAGCACACAACAGACUAAGAAUGAUGAAGGUUCUGCUGCUGGCUCUUGUUCUCACCCUGGUGUUGGCGAAUGGCUCUGCCCUGAAAUGUAACAGGUGUGUCCCCGGCAGACCUGGAGGAAGUUGUGUGACCACAAAGGAGACGUGUGGCUAUGGGCAAGAUGCCUGUGUAUCUGCCAGAUUCACCACAUAUCCCUUUUCCUACUUCCGGAGGUGCAGUAAAAUGGGAGAUUGCUUGAUUCUUCAGUCCAGCCCCUACAUUACAGCCAGGUGCUGUCAGACGGACCUGUGCAAUUAAUACCCCUGUCAUUUAAACACAGUCUUAAAGGGAAAAUGACUCAAACUGGUGGCAUUUAAGGAGUGCAUGUCACACAUAUACUGUAUACAUUAGUAGAACUACUAACUAAUGCAAGACCAACAAUAGACUAAUGUUUAAUUAACAUGUACAUUUGAAUUUUUGUGAUUCUGUACGCUACUGUGGCACUUUUUCAUGUUUGUAUUCAUUAGCUAUAUCCAUACCACAGCCAAACAUGUUGCAUGAAUAAAAUGUUUCAUUAAAGACA